AAAGAAUUCUGGACACUGUAGUUUGCCCUUCAAAGAGUUAAACUCAGCAACCCUUAAGAGACCAGAAAUCCCAGAAUUCUUUGAGGGAAAGAAGGUACUUCCAAUGUGGUUGUGUGUGGGGAAUGUGAUCUGCUUGUGUGAUGGGACUGCAGUCAUCCACAUCCCUUCGAUCUUCUCUGAAAGGAUGGGGGAACCUCCAGAACAGAUUCCUCGUGUAACUUACCCAUGUUCUCCUUCAGAGUGGAGAACGUUCCAGCCUGUGGUCACCUUUGUCCAGCCCAGAAUAGUUGAGCAGCCUGAUGCAGCUAGCUUGAAGAAGCAAUGCCCGUAUCGGAAGAAGCUGGAAAAGCAGAAGAAAAAGGCCCUGAAGAAAAGGUCUGACUUUUCCCUCUCCAAGUAUGUCAAGUUAGCGAGGAUUAAAGAGAAAGAGAACUUCACUGAGAAGGAAAAUUUGAAUCCAGAAAGGCUCAAGGCUCUCAUAAACUAUUUAGAUUCUCCCGUGGAACUUGAGCAACUCUAUGCAGCUCAGGCCCUUGGACAACUCGGGGUUGCUGAGGAAUCUGUCACAUCUGCACUUUUUAAUACUUUCCAGGAAUGCAACAGCUUGCCUUUGCAGUAUGAAGCAGCCCGGUCGCUGGCUUUGCUAGGUUGCCUAGAUACCUCUGUAGUGAAAAUGCUAAUUAGACACCUAAAGGAUGCGAGUCUGAAUCGGAGAGAAGAUACACUGAGUGCGCUGAAGGUAUCCCUGCAGGCAUGGUCAAUGACACCUGAACUUGAGUGGUAUUGGAUAGGUGCCCGGUCCAGUUUAAUCCGAAAUCUGCGACGGUUGGUGAACCUGCAAGAUCCCAUGGACAGCGUGUCAUUCGACGCAGCCCUUUGCUUAGGGUACCUGGACAAGUAUAAUCCAAUCGCACAAGAGACCAUGUUCAUGUGCUUGUCCCAGGACGACUAUCAGAGGAAAAUUCAGGCUUUGGUCAUGCUGGUAAAGCAAAUGGCCAUAGUGGACCCUGUAGUUAUCAAAACUGUUAUUGACCAGCUUCAGCGUUCUCCUUUGUACAAGCAUCGCGUUGACGCUGCAAGACUGCUGGCCACCAUAGGGCUCGAAAUCAUCCAAGAGGAAGGCUUGGAGGAGGAAGUGUUCAAUGUGCUUCUGGAGAAGUUGUCUGAGGAACCUUUUCUGGUUGUGAGGCAGGCUGUUGCCUCAACUGUUGAAGAACUGAACAUAAAGAAGCGAGUCUGGGACAUAGUGGAGAAGCAGCUAAGGGAUGACAAAGAUGAGAUCCGAAAGAAGGCUGUGAUUGCAUUAGGUGUCCUUGGCAUUCGCAAUAAGAGUUUGUUCUUUGCCAUGUUGGAAAUGCUGGAGCUAGACACCUGUGAGGAUGUCCGCAUACAGGUUGUCAGGGCAUUUUCCACUCUGGGGAUGGACAACAUGCAUGUGAGGAAGAGCCUUGUGAAGAAAGCACAGACACAAGGGAUUCUCGCCAGAGAAUGUUCCAAAGCCUUGGAGUCACUUGAUAAGGUCUCUGAUGCCCAGAAAGAGUAUAUGCUCCAAUCCUUCAAAAUCUACUGAGACGACUUCUUUCUUUUUGGAUUGCGAGAGCAGAAUCAAGGCAAGGCAGACGGAAUAAAACAUCGCCUCUGGUUUUCCAGUGGCAAAGUGUGUGAGAAUAUAUCUGAGCAGGCCUAUUCACAGAGCGCAUUUCUUCAGCACUUGUGGGCAUCUCAUGAGUUAAGCUGAUGGCAGAUUUUCAGAUGGUUACCUAUCACCCAACUGGACUUUCUAUAAUAUUUUCCUUUUGACUACCAGAACUCCUGCCCAAGGUCCUUUGUUGAUUUCCAAGCUUCUCCGUGUCAAACUUUGCUGUGUAGCCACAAGAAGCAGAAAUGCGUUUCUUUUUAAACGGGAGAGCCUAUAAUUAAUGCUGCAGAUUCAAGUUCUAGGAUACAGAUUAUUGUUAUUGUUUUAUUCUCAGUUUUCUGAACAGCUGAUUGAACAAUGUCCUCUGGGUGGCAUACAGAAGGCGAUCAAAUACAAAAACGCAUUUGGGUCAGUUAAAUAACCUCAAUACAAAU